AUGACUUCUCUAGACGGUAUACUCGCCACAAAAUACCCGGCCAAAGCCCAUGCUCGCCGGGUGGCCGAGGGUCUUAGGGCACUUGGUCACAGCGGGGGUGCUAUCUACUUAGAAGCACAGGAAACUCGUUUUAUCGAGGAUAACGAUGAGCCUGUUCCCUUUAGCCCAGAUGACGUGAUCUGGUCUGGCCUUCCACUGUCACCAGCCGAAGCCCUCGAGCGAUAUGACGUCGAUAACGUGUUAGAGACAACCGAAGUAAAUGCCACAUUGGCUGCUAUCGCUUUGUCGCAUGGUAAAAAGACCGCUGCUUUUGCUAUCGCGGAGCAAGUAUCUCAAGGUACAAGUUUCGAGGGCUUCUCUGAGACCAAUCUUCAUGUUUUGAAGGCCGUUAUCGAGAAAACACGCGUCGUCAAAGACAGUUACGAGGUCGCACUACUCAGGAAAGCAAACGACAUUUCCGCAAAGGGCCAUAUCGCAGCUAUCAAGGCCUCAAAAACCGCUACCAACGAGCGCGAAAUUGAAGCGGCUUUUAUCGCAACCUGCAUCGCGAACGGGGCUCGCGAGCAAUCUUACCACCCGAUUGUUGCGUGCGGCCAAAACGGAGCCACCUUGCACUACGGAAAAAACGACGAGGACCUUAUUGACCCAGUAACGCAACGGAGAAAAGACAACGUGUUGAUCGACGCCGGCGGAGAGUACCGCACCUACUGCGCAGAUAUCACGCGUGCGUUUCCUCUGAAUGGGAAAUUCCUGCCGGAAACCCGCCAGAUUUACGAGAUUGUUCUGCAGAUGCAACUGGAGUGCAUUGAUAUGCUCAAGGAAGGUGUUCAGUGGGAGGACGUCCAUGCGUAUGCCCAUCGCAUCGCGAUCAAGGGCCUGCUCAAACUGGGGAUCUUGCGCGGCUCGGAGAACGAAUUAUUUGAUAAGCGGAUUAGCGUUGCUUUCUUCCCACACGGCCUGGGCCAUUAUCUUGGAAUGGACACCCAUGACACCGGCGGAAACCCUAACUAUGAAGACACCGAUACCAUGUUUCGGUACCUUCGCGUACGAGGACGGCUGCCGGCUGGAUCGGUUAUCACUGUUGAGCCCGGUAUCUAUUUCUGCCGUUUCAUCAUUGAGCCAUUCCUCAAGAAUCCCGACCUUCAAAAGUACAUCGAUCUCGAAACCCUGGAGCGGUACUGGGUUGUCGGUGGAGUCCGCAUUGAGGAUAACAUCCACAUCACCAAGGAUGGUUAUGAUAACCUGACCACAGCGCCGAAGACUAUUGAGGAAGUGGAGAGUCUGGCUGCAUAG